AUGUAGCCCAAUCAAGGGGCUUGUUUAACUCGUCUCCAUAUGAGCUCUCGAAGACUCCUAUUAGUUUUAGUGGUAUGUGGGUUGGCUAGUUCAUGUACAGCUCAGAGUCUGAUUAAUAGGGAUAACUACACCUAUUUUAAUGUAUCUGGUUGCUUGGCAUUCUUUGCUCGUUCGAUAUCCGUAAAAUUCGUUAGCGGUAAAGCAGCCAGUAUCGUCCCUAUACCGGCUAGUUCAUUGUCACUUUCUCCACUCAGUAAAUGCUCUGAUCUAAAAUCGCUGCUCGUUUUUACAUCAUCAAAUGUUAAUGAAAUCUCCGACCUUAAUGUCAGCUUGGGUUUUAUCAAGUCUGGCCGUUAUUGGAGUGUGUCUGAAUCAUCUGUUAGUAUCAAGUGUCAACCGGGUUCCAAAUCAUGCGUCAAUGUAGCUGGAAAUCCCUUGGUUAUGAAAUGGGCUGGAGCCCCUAUCAAUCUUGGUUACAAGUGCACUAAGCCUUCAGCUGCACCAGUAAUCUUACCGUCAGAUUCUGGGAAUUCAGUUUCUCUUCAGUUUGCUAGCAUCCAAGUUCAACCAUUCGGCGUAAAAGAUGGUGUGUUUGGUGAUGUCACAGAUUGUGUCGGGUACUUCAGUAUUGGUGUUUGGUCAUCGCUGAUUGUUUCCAUUCUUUUGGUUUCUAUUUUAACAUAUGGUUUAGUUAUGUUGGCAUCUGUACAGCCUAGUGAAAUAUAUGAAGAUCCUAAAAAGAAAAUGAUUCAGCUUGGUGCUGAUAACUAAAAAACACAAGUUUUGUUCAAAGGGUGAUAGAUAUUUAUCUAAUAUAGAUUUUGGUUCUGUGUUUUCAAGCAUAAUCCCUUUUGUAUUUACAUACAAAACUAGCUAUUCUUCUUGAUUUACUUUUUCUCUCAAUAAUGUUGCUGUGUUGUGUACAAGUCAUAUAUUUAUUAAAGCUCCAUUUUGUCUUCUAUUUAUUUCUCACUGUUGAUUGAUCAGAAAUAUAAAAGAAUCGAAUC